AGCGCAGCCGUGCUUUUGCUCAAAUAACUUUUUAAAGUUGUCUGCGGCUUUGCAUUGGAGAAGAGCGCAAGCGGUUUUUUUUUCCUUUCGCUUGUUCCACUUCACCCCGAUAUUCGUUGGUUUUUAUUGCGUCUACCUCGCUGCAUAUCUUCGUAUAUUUGCCUUCGUCUUUAAGCCACGCUUUCUUCUACUGACGGAGCAUGGCGAAAAUUAUUGGUCACUCGCCGGAAGAGCUGCGGCUCGCUGCGGAUGCGCUUGCACAGGGUAAACUGGUCGCGAUCCCGACGGAGACCGUCUACGGCCUCGGCGGCAAUGCACUCAUGGAAAGCGCAGCCAGAAAAAUCUACGCCGUGAAAGGGCGACCGGCGACGGAUCCGCUGAUCUGUCACGUAGACUCCUUAGACCGUGUUCGGCAAAUGUGGGACCUAGAGUGGGACAAGGGCGCGGUGGACCUGGCGUGCGCCAUCGGGUCGGCCCUGUGGCCUGGUCCAAUGACCAUUGUGUGCAAGGCGAACCCAUGCAUACCGGACUGCGUCACUGGCGGCUCCGGCUUUGUGGGUGCGCGCAUCCCCAACAACGCCGUCACGCUGAAGCUCCUCUCGAUGAUCAACUUUCCCGUUGCCGCGCCGAGCGCGAACACCUUCGGCCACGUUAGCCCGACAACAGCUCAGCACGUGUACGACGACCUCGCAGCCCGCGAUCCCGAAUUGCUCAUUAUCGACGGUGGACAGUGUGCGAUUGGCAUUGAGUCGACGGUGGUGAAGAUCGAGUCGGAGAAGCUGGCGCUGGUGCUGCGCCGCGGACGCAUCACGGUCAGCAUGAUCCACCGCGCCAUCGCCGACAAGUACCCGCAGACGCGGGUGGAGGUUCGCGACAUGCGGAUUAUGUGCGGUCCGGCGAACGCGCCAAUGGUCAGUCCCGGCCAACUUCUCACGCACUACGCCCCACGCGUGCCGUCGUCGCUCUUGACGCCGGGCAGCUUCGCGGCACUGGCGGAGUCCGCCGAUGCCCCGAUUUACGUGCACCGUGGGUCGGAGGUGUCGCUGCUGUGCGAGACGAUUGUGAUCGACUUCAACGGGUAUCUCGCGCGCCUAAAAGGUUUGUGCCUCUCUUAUAGUGACCUUAGCCCCAGCGGCAAUCCAGAGCAAGGCUGCUUUGCGGUGUUCGACGCCUUGCGUGCGACAGAAUCGGUAAAGGGAACAAAGAGUGUCGUCUUCCCUUUUGUGUCGGAGUGGCCACACGACGCCGAGGACGACGAUCUCUUGCAGGCGGUCGAUGAUCGCCUUUUCCGCGCGGCGUCGGGCGUGACAGCUGUGUUGACAAACGACGCUUCACCCAAUCGAGCGUAA